GGUACAAAUACGUCAUCGACUUCAGACGGUGAUCUUCUCGUGACGAUUGGGAUUCUCACUCUACAGGUACAGAAAGAUGACCACGACUUAAGCGUGUAUUGUCGUGCAAGAAACAGGGAACAGUGGUUUACUUCCGGAACAAAGGAAAUCAAUGUUCUUUAUGGCCCGAAAAUGAGGAUUUUACAAGACGUCAGUGCAGUUCGAGGGAAAAAGUUUGUAUAUGAAUGCUUGUAUGAGCCUGGAAAUCCACCCUAUGUGUCCUUCGAGUGGAAAAGAUCCGGAACCAACGCAUCCUGGACUAUACAGAAAACAAAGAACAUGACUAUUCAAAACGUGCAGCGCAGUGACGAGGCCAAUUACACGUGCAAUGUGUCCAGUGUUCUCCGGCCAACGUUGACCUCAGCGACGACAGUGAAAUCCGAUACUGCAACCUUUCAUCUACAUGUCCUGUAUGGCGCAGAGAACUUACAGUUAACACUUAACAACAUUUCGAACGCAUCGGUAGAAAUUGAGGAACAUUCAACAAACAAUCUGCAUUGUUCGCUAGAAAGUAACCCCGCCUCAGAUAUGUUCAUUUUUAAGGACGGUAAGACAACCCUAGAAAGACCUGCAGUACAUCAACUUAUAUAUGGAAUGGUGGCUGAAUGUUCUGAUACGGGAGUUUAUACUUGCUCAGGAUACAACCAGUAUGGAAUGGCGGAUAACGCUUCCGUCCGUUUGUUUGUUAAAUGCUCAGCAAGGCAACCCCCAGGAGUUAUUGUGAAGCUUAAUUACACCGCCUGUGAACAAGAAAAUGUGACAUUGUCGUAUACAAUAGCUGCCUACCCAGUACCAGAACCUUCACAGUUUAUUUGGAAAAAGUGCAUCAACGAAAGUGAGGGUUCUUGUAACUUCUCGUUGGAUGGAAUGCUUAAAUAUAAUGUAAAGUCUGAAGGCCUUUCCAGCUCUUUAACAAUACGGGACGUUGAAAUAGAGGAUUACGGAAUGUACCAAUUUUCUGUGUCAAACAACAUUGGAUCACGAUUAAUCGAGUGGUUGCACCUUAAACAUAUAGGUACUUUACUGAUCCUAUAUUCGUCAUAA